AUGAAAACAAAUUCGGACCGGGGAAACACAAACGAAACCAAGCCGAAUCAUCUCCGAAAGCGUAAGGCUCCUCCGGAUGAACCCCAGGGACCGGAAAAGAAAACCUACAAGAACCGUCAAAACAAUCGGAGACGUCAAGAGUCCUCAACGAACAACAACCUAAACCCUAUCGGAAGGGAUGGAAAACGCAAUGUGUGCCACAUCUGCGGAAGCGAUACGCAUUACUCUCCUGACUGCCCCGACCGAAAGGACCCUAAGGAAAAGCCAAAGGUCCAGAUAGCAAUAACCGCGGGAAACGACAGCGAGACGGAGUAG